CCCGGGCAGCAGGAGGGGCGGGGACGGUUUGGGAGGGUUGGGGAGGUCAACGCCCCCGGCGCGCGCUCGAGAGUUGCGGGCGGAGGCGGAGAAAGCGCGGCCCUGGCCGGAGGAGGUUGGUGGGAGGUCGGGUCUCCCUUCCCUCCCCCAAGAAAGCGAGGGGGAGGAAAAGCGGAAAGAUGGGAAAGGUUUGUGCCAUUUUUGGAGGAUCCCGAGGAAUAGGAAAAGCUGUUGCAGAACUACUGGCAGAGAGAGGCUGCCGCCUGGUGAUUAUUGCUAGAAAUCUAGAAGGAGCCCAGAGCACUGCAUGUAAUCUUGGUGCAGGACAUCUGGCACUUAGCUGUGAUGUAUCCAGUGAAAAAGAAGUCCAGAAUACUUUUGAGGAGAUACAGAGGCAUUUAGGUCCCAUUAACUAUCUGGUUAAUGCAGCUGGGAUCAACAGGGAUGGCUUGUUACUGAGAGCCAAGACUGAAGAUAUGAUAGCCCAAAUUCACACUAACCUUUUGGGAACAAUGUUGACAUGCAAAGCUGCUGUAAAAAUCAUGACACGACAACAGGGAGGUGCCAUUGUCAAUAUUGGAAGUAUUGUAGGACUUAAAGGCAACUCUGGUCAAAGUGUAUACAGUGCUACCAAAGCAGGAUUACUUGGAUUUUCACGCUCUCUUGCUAAAGAAGUAGCAAAAAAGCAAAUUCGAGUCAACGUGGUUGCUCCAGGCUUUAUUCGCACAGACAUGACUGCUCAUUUGGAAGAAGAUCAGUUGAAGAAAUCAAUUCUUCUUGGAAGAUUUGGAGAGCCUCGUGAAGUUGCACAAGCUGUUGUCUUUCUUUUAGAGUCCCCUUAUGUUACAGGGACUACUCUAAUUGUUGAUGGAGGCUUGCAGCUUAUGACUUAAAUGCUACCUCUAAUAAGUACCUACUUAAAUGGCAUGAUGGUAAUUUAUAAAUAUGUAAUAAUUAAAGGGAGAGAGGUAGAAGUCAGUUGAAGACUGAUGUAUGUAAUUGACUUGAUAUUACUUGGUCAGAGGAGAAAUUCAGCAGUGUUAAUGCCAAGUGUUUAUAUUUAGCUACCUGAAAGAGUCCAUUUUGGUCUUACAAAAUCUGUGUAUGUAACAAUUUGAAAAAGAUCUGGGUUUGGCAUGUUGAUAAUUUGAAAGACCAUGCUGAUUCAUUUUUAAAGCACUAUUUUUAUAAUGUCAUGUUUUCAAAUUUGGGAUAUGGUGGAGAUUUUAUUCUAAUUAUCAUGUUAUACAAAAGUUACUAAAGCAUAGAGGCAUUUUUAUUGGUUGGCAGGUAUGAUUGCAUCAAGUUUUUCAUGUAGGGUGAAGGUUGCAACGUAUAAUGUUUUAUUAUACAGAAAGUGUAUAACAGCAAAGUGUUGUUAUUAUACAGAGUGGCAAGGAGUUUCCUUUGGGCUUGUUUGUUUCCACCUAAUAUUACAAAGCUAGGAGCUUCUAGAUUUCCAGCAUACCUGAAUUGCAUUUAGGAGAUUUAAUUAUAUGCAAUGUGUUUUUUUAAGGACAAAACCUGCUCAGUUCCAUUUUUGAACGUAUGUGCAGUAACUCAACUAAUGCAGUAGCACAUGUGUGUAUAUCUUGAAGGACUUGAUUGGUCAUUGGAGUUGAUGGCUCUGUAAUAUUCUGAGUUUUAGCUGCACAUACACUGGUGAACAGGGCAGCUCCAGAUCUUGCCACAUGAAAGACUUUUCACUGACUCAGUAGAUGUUUAGGAAACACUGAUCAAUGCCAGAGUGUGAAAUCAAGUUGUUUUGCUUUAUAUGUUCUUGAAUACUCAGUUCAACUAUAUUAUGUAGAUGCUCUUUAAUAUGUAUGUAUUGUCAAUAAAAUAGCAACUUGUUUUAUUCAAAGUAGCUUUUGAAGCAGAGUAAUUACUUAGCUGUAAAUGAUCCUGAGUGUUCCUCUCUUGCUGAAAAAUUAACCAUAAUUCAACCCGAGACCUUGAUCUAUUGAGAUCAAGUAAUUUUUGGUAAUUGAUGUUCGUAUCAUCACUGAAGAAAACUAUGAAUGUGGUUUAGGACCAGCUCCAGUGUUCAUUGCAUCAUGAUCCAGAUGGGGAUUCAUCCUUUAAAAUUACUUCCCAUCUUGGCACAAACCAAAGUACA